AUGUCCAGUGUCACCCAACGCACUGCCAGUGGUUGUUCUCCUGUCCUGACAAGGGCCCAGACUAUUGUGGCGGAUUUGGUGUCUUGCCAGAAGACGAUCAAUGGUGGCAUGAAUGCCGCUCUUUUAGAGUGCGGUUUGAUCUCACACUCGUUUGGAAAAGAAGAUGCUCGCAGGGCGUUUGAAACCAUUCUAAAUACGCCGUUCAACUCUCUCCAUGUCUGCUACGAGGGCUCUCGGAGAUGCUUCUUCCUCCCUCCCAACGCCCUCGGAUACCCUCACAUGCCCAUAUGCCUCGACUUCUACAACGAUUUGUGUAAAUCGGUGAUCCCUCAGCGUUACUGGCAGCCCGUCACUGACUCAAAUUGCGGUCGAUAUGUGGUGGGAGCCAAGCUCGAGAAGCCUAUAUUCUUCGACCAUCUUUACGGAAGAGGCCUGGGCCUGACUGUCACUCAAGCCUGUGAGGGAACUGGUACUCAUCUUCGCGGGUGGCACGAGGUAGCAGAACUCGGGGGAAAGGCUACCACCCAAGUUCGCCUAUGGCUGGACGAUGAGUCAUGGCAGCGGCAAAUAGGAAUAAGAGACCAAACGCAGGACAAGAACCCCAUCACGCUUCGUCAGUUUGUGCGACACCUCGGUACAUCCAUGAAGGACUAUUUAAAAAAUCACCCCAUGUACUCGAAGACUGGGCAGCUCAUCGCUGUUGACGACCUCUUCAUACUAGGAACCGUUCAUAUUUCUGCUGGUAGCUGGCAGUUAAUUCUCGCCCACCGUCUAGGCAGCGCAUGUUACUGA